AUGCAUAUCCUUGUUGUGAACGAUGACGGGCCUCCGUCCAACGAGUCCUCGCCAUAUGUUCACUCUCUCGUAGCAACUCUUCAGUCUGCCGGCCAUUCGGUCUCGGUAGCCCUCCCUCACGUUCAGAGAUCAUGGAUUGGGAAGGCUCAUAUGGUCGGCCAAACUUUGACUCCAUCUUACUUCCGCCCCGGCACUCUUCACAAGGACGAUGGCAUCACUUCCGCCCGCCCCUUCAAUGAUGGGGGCGAGGAAUGGGUUCUGAUCGACGGUACCCCAGCCAGCUGUGUGCAGAUUGGUCUUCACCACGUGUUCAACGAUAAAAGCCCCAUUGACCUUGUCCUCAGCGGUCCAAAUUACGGCCGCAACACCACGGCCGUCUUUGCUCUAUCCAGCGGCACCCUUGGCGGAGCAUUGGAAGGUGCUAUGAGUGGAAAGAAAAGCAUUGCCUUGUCGUACGCUUUUGACUCGAGAGAGCAUGAUCCAGAAAUCAUCUCUGCUGCGUCGAAGUUGAGCACGAAACUAAUCGAGAAGUUGAUGAAAGAGUGGCCGGACGAUGUCCAUCUCUACAGUAUCAACGUACCUCUUCGCAAAGGCGUUGAGAGUGCGAAAAUCGUGUACGCCGAAAUGCUCCAGAAUUCCUGGUCCAGCGGAAGCUCCUUCGAGGAACUACCGGAGGAAGCAGAAGACGACAAUCCAAAUGUCGAAGAAAAGGUUAUUCGUGAAGAUGGCGAAGCCAAUGGGGAUGCAAACGUCCAGAUUCCGAAACGUGCUCAUCGAAAGUUCAAGUGGUCGCCGAACUUUGCAGACGUGCGCAAGGCUGUUACGGACGCCCAGAAGGGAGAUGGAUGGGAGGUGCUCCAAGGCAACGUCACUGUAACUCCGUUAGUGGCCAACUUCUGGCACUUGCCUCACUAUACAGGCGAAAUCAAGCUGGAUGAUACCGCAGGAAGCUCUGCGAGCCAGGAGACAGCUCAGUCAACGUUGCCGUUAUAUGCGCUGGUCAACUAUCCAGACACAUAUGUGCAGCCUCUCAUACUGCAGGCCCUAAGCGGUCUCAAGAACGCAUCGAUGAGCCUCAUAUCUUCGCUUAGUGACCUGCCGAGUCCAGAAGACCGUGUCUUGCAGUUCACCGCGUAUGAAGCCUUAGAUUUUGAACAUGCCAUGGAACAUUCGCGGACUUCUCUCGUAUGCGCGUACAUCAUUCGAAAAGCCCUGAUCCGCAAACAUUAUCUGUCGAAUACGGUAUCCACGUGGCUUGUCAAACAUCCGGACAGCGUCCUGGCCAGACAUUUCAAGCCCUGUGUGCAUUUUGAGCUCGACUAUGCAGAGUUUCUGGAUGAAGCAUUGGUGGAUGCUUGGGACUUGAACGAAAGCAUGGCCGAAAACGAACAGAGAACCUCCCCAGAACAGAAGACGUGGUGGAUCCUUAAACCGGGAAUGAGUGACGGUGGCAACGGCAUAAGACUGUUCUCCAGCAUGGAUGAAUUGCAAACAAUCUUUGAAGAAUGGGAGGAGCCCAAUCCAGACGAGGACUCGGAAGAGGACAACGGCUCACCUAUUGAUGUCAAAUCAAAUGGACAGGACACGUCUGAAGACAGCAACGCAAUGACUUCCCAGCUCCGCCAUUUCAUCGCUCAACCCUACAUCGACCCUCCACUCCUGCUCGAUGCGUACGGCAACCGGAAGUUCCACAUCAGGGCGUACGUGUUGGCCGUUGGCGCCUUGAAAGUCUAUGUAUACAAAGAAAUGCUGGCCCUGUUUGCCGCAAAGCCAUAUCAAUCGCCCUCCAUCACAGAGGAUGCUGAAGUCCUCGACCUGGCACAACAUUUGACAAAUACCUGUUUCCAAGAUGAAGCCACCAAAGAAUCAUCUGUCCAUCGCUUCUGGACUCUCAAUUCUCCCGGCAUGCAAAGGGGAUGGAAAGAAGCCAUAUUCAAGCAGAUCUGUGACAUUACUGGCGAAGUAUUCGAGGCUGCCGCCCGCGAACAGAUGGUGCAUUUUCAAACACUGCCCAAUGGGUUUGAGAUAUUUGGCGUCGACUUCUUGGUCGAUAAAGAUGCUAAUGUCUGGUUGCUAGAGCUCAAUGCCUAUCCAGACUUUAAGCAAACUGGUGAAGAUUUACAAGACGCUGUCGUUGGUGGGCUCUUCAAAGAAGUCGUCGACGUCGCCGUCGCGCCAUUCUUCGGAUAUCCUGAAACAAAAUCUGCGCAGAUGCCACAAGUUAGGUCCCUCAACCUGGGCCGCGGGUGA